AUGGCACCAGCGAUUCUCAGCGGCCUCCUCGGCCGUCGGUCCGAUGUUGCGUCGCUUGGGCCGUUGGCUGCCCGUACGAUUCUGCUCGCGCGAGACGAAACCUCUCACGAAAACGACGACCCAACUCGGGGUGCUAUGCGGCCACAGGACAUCAACAACAACGCCGUGUUUGCCGUCUUCGCCCUUCUUGGCGUUGCCUUCGUUCUUGUGGGGAUUUGGUUCUUUUUCUGGGCGAAGAACGGCGGGUUUUACUUUAAGAAGCGCGACUGGGACGAUUACAAGUCCACGGUUCUGCGCCGUAAGGGCCCGAACGGCACAAUCUACUCGGACGCAACACCCAGCACCAUUCUCGGCGGAGGUAGUGUUUACAAGGAUGUGGACGACGGUACAACCACUACGGGUGACGAUCUCACCACAGUGGUGAGCGCCACGACGGGUAUCACUGGUAUUACCGGCGGUGUCUCCGACUUUUCCGGCCGGGAGAAGCGGCGUAAGAAGCGGGAGCAGAAGGAGCGCGAGAAGGAACGUCGGCGAGAGGAGAAGGCGCGCGAGAAGGAGGAGCGCAAGAACCGUCGCAAGGUCGAUGCAGACGGCGUCAUCGUCGACGAAGAAGCCGAGGCGGAAGCUCAAAAGCACCUCCGCGACUAUCGCCACGAGAAGCCGGCCCGUGUCGGCGGCAUCAACCGCGACGCGGACGGCUCUGAAUGGGACGGCUCAACCAACCCGAGCUGGUCAACCAUGAGCCCCAGCCACGCCGGCGGAGCCGCGUCCACCGAUGCGGGCACCGAUGUCACCUCCGAACUCAUGCCCAACCGCGAGCGCACCCCCACUACAACCCCCACCAAGAAGGACGCCGGCCGUAUUCGCAAGGUCUACUCUACCGCCGACAAGAAUGCCGCGCGCGAGAACGAGCGCAUGCGCGCCGAGGCUCGCCGCAUGCAGGAGAAGGGACGCGCGGCUGCGAGCAAGCCCAAGCGUGACUUCAGCUUCACUCAUGGGGCGGAUGAGACCAUGGCCCUGCGCCGUAUCGAAGAAGCCCCCACUGAGAGUGUUGUCAGCGGAUCGUACGUCUCGGAAUCCACAAACGACUACUCUCAGAGGGAGAAGCGCGCGCGUUCGCGCUCGCGCCACAGGAGUGCUGCGGUCCCCCCCAUCGAAGAGAGUGAAGUUGGCAGUGCUCCGAGCGAGGUUGGCACCAAGGUCUACACCCACUCGCACCACAUCCCGACGGCGGGCAGCUCUGUCGCUGGCACUUCGGUGACGGACUACGCGUAUGCUGAAGAAAAGCGGAAGAAGAGGGGUGGUGCUGGGGCGAGGAGGAACCGCGAGUAG